AUGUGCGCCACGGUUGGAAACGGCCAUAGCGACAGCGUACAAAGCGAAGAUCUUGGUGCUGCUGAACAUGGUUGGGGGUUUCAGAUGCAGAGGAAGCUCGGCCGAGUCAACAGAGGAAAGAAAGAGCUUGAGAUGGGGAACUUGGCUCGAGUACAACAGAAGCGCAAGGCGGUAAAUGCGAGAAUGAGCAGUCUGUGGUGGGGCUCGCGGACCGCUAUGCAAGACUUGGAGCUACUUGACUUGCAACUUGCUCGACAGAUGUUUGUGUGA